AUGGGAAGAUAUAGAAUAUAAUAUUAUGCAUGUGCUUUUAAACUCAAAGUUCUUAUUUAUUAGGAGUAUUGUUAUUAUUCUAUAUAUCUUUUGGAUUUCUUUUUGGAGCAACUAUUAUUUUCCUUUAUAAAUACAAAACUUUCUCACAGAAAUGCUAGUAAAAUAUAUUAGGUUAAGAUGAAGAUAGAAUUAAUAAGAGAAACAUUAAAGUUAAAAUAACUGCAGGGAAAUUAUAUACAAAAUUCAUUUUAUAUUAUACUCAUAUUCAUUUCUUUUUGCUUGAUUCCUAUCAUUUUGAGUUAGAUUUUUUCUUCGUUCUUUUAUAACGAUAUUUAUUAUCAUAAUAACUAAUCAAUUUGGUGA